AUGCUACCUGCAACAGAUAUAUCGCUCAGUGCUGAACUUCCAGGGGAUAUGGUGUACAUAAAGGCGACCGGUGAGAAGAGUGCAGAGAUGGUGACUGACGAAGGUGUAAUAUAUAUUACUGCUAACAGAGGUUACAACUGGAGGGCUGCUGUUCAGGAAACUGUGUCAGCUACUCUUAACAGAUCAAUGGUUUUUAAGCAUAUUACAUAUCCAUGCUUAGCAUUCAUUGCUGUGGAGAGAGAGGUAUGGGAUCAAAUGGACUCCUUGCUGUUGUGA